UUCCAUCUUCCUUCGAUACCUCCGUCCGCAUAACCAUUCUCUUCAUCACCUCAUAUCCAGUUGUUUCCUGCACCAAUUCAACUGCAUUCUUGCCUAUCCAUCAUAGAUCAGAAGUAAACAACUUUCUUCAAUCGGUGUAUGAUCAUUUUGAAAUGUCUGCAGCGGUUUUGAAAUUUUCGGUCUGCCGACGACACACUGAGGCAUCUUCGCUCAGAAUUAGGUCAAAUUUGAAGCCUUUUGCUGUGAUUAAUUGCAAGCUGCCAAAUAUUUCAAGAUUUUCUCAGAGUGGAACAUUAUGCAUCCAGCUGUCACCAAAGGGUCAGUCAAGGAGGCCAUCGACAAGCGCAGACUUUCAAAUGACAUUAGUAGAUGAGAGUAUUGGUAGAGGGAAAAUUGUAAUAAAGCCCUCUGAAAUAUUGGCAUAUGAUCUUGUUCAGGGACCACUUGUUAGAUGGAGUUACAUUGCUGACAAAUCAGUACCUUGUCCACCGACAGCUGUUCUUUUGCAUGGCAUUUUAGGUAGCAGGAAGAACUGGGGAACCUUUGCUCGGAGAUUAGCUCAGGAAUUUCCAAACUGGCAGUUUCUCUUGGUUGACCUGCGAUGUCAUGGUGAUUCAGCAUCUAUCACAAAGACAGGACCUCAUACCGUUUGCUCAGCCGCUCUUGAUGUCCUAAAGCUCCUUGGGCAUCUUAGAGUAACACCACGAGUCAUAAUUGGUCACAGCUUUGGAGGAAAAGUUGCACUGAGCAUGGUUGAACAAGCUGCAAAGCCACUUGCACGGCCUGUCAGAGUUUGGGUUUUAGAUGCUACACCUGGAAAGGUUCGAGCUGGUAGAGAUGGAGAUGAUCAUCCUGCCGAAUUGAUAACUUUUCUAAGUGCAUUGCCAAAAGAGGUCGUAUCAAAAAGGGAGAUCAUCCAUGCACUUGUGCGUGAGGGGUUUUCAAACGAUGUGGCACAGUGGGUCGUUACAAAUCUUCGGCAGACUAACCCUUCUGAUUCAUCUCCUGGUUUUUCUUGGACAUUUGACCUCGAUGGGAUUGCUGAAAUGUAUCAAUCUUAUGAAGAAACAAAUUUGUGGGAGGUGGUGGAAGAUGUACCUAGAGGUGUACAUGUGAAUUUUCUAAAAGCAGAAAGAAGCUUACACAGAUGGGCACUUGGAGAUCUACAGAGGAUUCAUGCAGCUGAGGAGCAAGCUGCAGAAGAGGGUGGUGGAGUCGAAAUGCAUGUUCUUGAAGAUGCAGGCCAUUGGGUACAUGCUGAUAAUCCGGAUGGGCUCUUCAGGAUUUUAUCCUUCUCGUUUCAAGGAAUGUGAAUUUAAGAAACUUGGUUUUCACCAUAUUCUCUGCAAAAACUGGCCCUUUCUCUCUACUUCAAGGUAUUAUUGACCAUUUCCUAAAAUCAUAAUGUCACAUGCACUACUUUGUUUAAAUUAAGUAAGAUGCUAUACAACUAGGUUUGUUGGGAUGUAGAGACCAAAGACCUAAUCGCGUAGACAUGAGACCGGGGUGUCCGAGAUUGUAAGUUCGACCUCGAAUAACUUUGUGCUCAAGCUCGAGCUCGGAUAUGUUUUCAAUGUCCAAGCUCGAAAUCUUGAUGCUCGUUAGCAAAAUUAUGGAUUAUACCUAAAAAUUCAAAUUUUAUAAGCUCGUUUAUGGGCUUGAACUCAACCUUGAUAAUUUUUGUAUUUUGAUUGUAUAAUUUAUGAAUA